AUGGGUUAAUUAAUACAUAAAUUUAACAAUAAUAUUCAAAUUUAAAACCUUAAUUUACUUAUCUAACUUUAUAACUUAAAAAAUUACACUAUUUCCGAUUUAUUCGACUGUAUAGAGGUAAUAGAUAAGCACUAUCCUUCCUCAUAUAGACUUUUAUAUAAAGAAUUCGACGAAAUUUUCGGUUCUUUAACCGAUGAUACUGAGCCUAUAUUCACUUAACUAGCAAAUCAUGAAGAAAAGACUGAAAAGGCGGUUGAUUUAUAUGAAAGUUUAGCCUUAAUAUGCUUAUUUUCUGGCGAUUUAUUUGAAAAUAAAAUUCAUUUUAUUUUCCGAUUAUUUGAUUUUGAUAAUUCUGAUAGUUUAGAAAAGACUGAGUUGAUUUUUACAAUAUGCACCUGUGUUAAGUCUUUGUGUAAAAUUUGGAAUAUUUUAAUACCUAAAUAGGAAUUUUUCGAAGGAAUUUCCUAAAAGUAUUAUAUAUGA